CCCAGGAAGAAAAAAAAAGUUCUGAUGUUCUUUAAAAUUUCUUUUGGGGAAAAAUCGGGGAACAUUUUUCCUGCAAUUCCCGGGGAAAUCCCGUAUUUUCUCAGAGAUCGAGAAAGAAGAGAAAAAUUCGAGAUCGUAACACGUAGAACAAUCAUAUAAAGCUCGUUGAUCACUUUUUGUUCCUUCCUCCACAGAUCUGCUUCUUUUUUUUUUGUUGGGUUGAAAAAUCUCUCCAGAUUCAGAUUUUCCUUAUUCUACACCCGGAUCUCUCUCUCUCUAGGAUUGUUCAUGGAUACUGGAAUCAUGAGAUUAAGAUUUGGGGAGAAAGCAGAUCCGUGGGCGAUAUGGGAAGUUUAGGGUUUCGGCGGUUUUUGAAGAGGUUCUGACCGGUUGAUAUGUGAGUUUGAGCUUAUCACAAGGGGGACUUGGUUGAAUCCCAUAUUCAUCGCCGGUUCUCGUGGAUUUGAAUUUUGGUAAGGAUGUUCAAGCAGUUUCUGAGUAAAUUUCCUCGGAGGUCUUCGAAAGCUGACUCGGGAGAGCUGACUCGCACGAGUUCUGGGUCUGGAAGUGGCUUGGUCCCAUCGCCGGGUCAGAGAUCUGUAACCAGUGGCUCUGCACCGGCUCGAUCCAACUCGGCCAAACGAAUGUCAUCUGCUGUUUUUCCGACCAGUGUGGUAGCUGGGAUCGAGCCAUUGGUGCCAUUCAAGGACGUGCCAAACACGGAGAAGAUGAACCUUUUCGUGAGCAAAGUUAGUCUCUGCUGUGUUACAUUCGAUUUCUCUGACCCAAGUAAGAAUUCAAUAGAGAAAGAUGUGAAAAGGCAGACACUGCUCGAGCUUUUGGAGUUUUUAGCUUCCGGGUCUCUGAAAUUCACUGAACCCGCGAUUCUCGCCAUGUGUAGGAUGUGUGCUGUUAAUCUAUUUAGGGUUUUCCCACCGAAUUGUCGAUCUAGUGCUAGCGGUGGUGGUGAAAACGAUGAUGACGAGCCUAUGUUCGACCCUGCUUGGCCGCAUUUGCAAAUCGUGUAUGACUUGCUGCUUAAGUUUAUCACGUCUCCGUGCCUCGAUGCUAAAGUGGCGAAGAAGUAUGUAGAUCAUGCAUUUAUCUUAAGGCUGCUUGAUUUGUUUGAUUCGGAGGAUCCUAGAGAAAGGGAGUGUUUGAAGACGAUUCUGCAUAGGGUUUAUGGCAAGUUCAUGGUGCAUAGACCGUUCAUCCGCAAGUCAAUGAGCAACAUAUUCUACCGGUUUGUGUUUGAGACAGAGAAGCAUAAUGGAAUUGCAGAGCUUUUGGAGAUUUUCGGAAGCAUUGUGAGUGGAUUUGCGUUGCCCUUGAAGGAGGAGCACAAGAUCUUUCUAUGGAGGGUUUUGAUUCCACUUCACAAGCCCAAAUCUCUUGGUAAUUACUUCCAACAGCUAUCUUACUGCAUCACACAGUUCAUAGACAAGGAGCCAAAGCUGGCCAGUGUAGUCAUAAAGGGUCUAUUGAAGUUCUGGCCUAUCACGAAUAGCCAGAAGGAGGUGAUGUUUCUCGGGGAGUUGGAAGAGAUUUUAGAUACGAUAAGCAUGAUGGAAUUUCAGAAGGUCAUGGUUCCGUUGUUCUCGAGGAUAGCAUGUUGUGUUAACAGUUUCCACUUCCAGGUAGCUGAAAGAGCCCUUUUCUUGUGGAACAACGAUCAGAUAGUAAACAUGAUUGUACACAACCGGCAAGUGAUCAUGCCCAUCAUGUUCACGGCCCUAGAGAAGAAUGCUCAGAACCACUGGAACCAAUCGGUUCAAAACCUAACCCUAAACGUCAGAAAGAUGUUCUGUGAGAUGGACGAGGCUUUGUUCUUGUCAUGCCACGCCAGUUUCAAGGAAGAAGAAGCAAAACUGAGGUCAGCAGCCGAAAAGAGGGAAGAGAUGUGGACAAAGCUGGAGAGGGCAGCGAGUGUUAAGCCGAUAACAGGAAACACAGCCGUUCUGGUGACUCCUUUAGCAACCCUAAUCGCCUGCUAGUAGAACCCUAAUCGCCUUCUUCUCAGACCUUGCAUUUAUCCAAAAAAAGGAAGCAUGGAGGAAAAAGCUGUUGUUUAAAAGUGUGGGCUGAGAUCUUUUUUACUUGUGAGUUGUUCUCGCUCUCUCUAUCACUUUGUAUUCUUCUGUAAACUUUGCUGUUGUUAGCUGUUGGGGUUUUGUGCCAUUGCCAAAAGCUCUGCUCCCUCUGAAAACCCAUGAAAGAGGUAAGCGAGAGAGCCAAAAAAAAAAACCCAUGCAGUCAAUGAUAAUAUCAUCACUUUGUAUCGCCUGGUUUACCAAAUCUUGAAUAUAAAAACACCUUGUGGGUGUUGGUCAAUUUCCUUGA